AUGUCAACUCCCUGGCUAAGGUCUCUGAGGUUGUUCAAGACGGAAAAGACAUUUAUAUUCGGGAAGCUUCUGAUCCAGGAAAAGCUCAUUGCCUGGCUGCAUAAGCGGCAUAUGACUCGAGGCCUGCAGAGGAGCCAAGAAGGCCGCGCUCUGGAAGGCAAGUCCCUCCAUAUCAUAGGGUAUUCAGAACAUGCUGUCGCUGACUGGGCGAACGCAGUCACUUUGAAUAACAAGCGCCCUGGCUGGGUCAUGGGUAUUUGUUCGAACUACGACCCAAUGUUUUGGGACAGGACGAAACUGAAAAUGAAUAAUUAUUGGUUGACGGGGUAA